AUGUUGGAGGAGCUGCUGGUGGAGGUGCUUUCCUUCCUGGAGCCUGUGGACCUGCUGCACCUGGCCGCUGUUGACGCCCGCCUGCACCGCGUUGCAGGGGACGAGUGUCUGUGGGCGCAGCUUGGGCGUGGUCAUGUGGUGUUGGCGGGAAGCGGAGCCCUGCUACCGCGUUGCCUGCUGUACGACCGCAUCGGUCAGCUGGCGGCCCGCCGCGCUCCUUCGCGCGAGGAGAAGGAGGAGCCUAGGCACUACUGCCGAGUCUGCGAGAGGCGGUGCUGGCUGGCCGCACCGCCGCCACCGCCGCACGAGAUGGCCGCCCUCUGCGCUGGCGCUCUGUAUGACUUGCGCCUCUGGACCAAAGCGGACCUGCUGGCCCUGAUCGAGUAUCAGUGCUAUGUGAUGCUCGACUCGGUAGAUGAACAGCCGGACACGCUCGAGGGGUCGCCCCUGCGCAAAGCGCAGGCCGUACCGCUGUACUUUGCCCAGCCCAUCAGGUGCCAGACCUCCGACGCACAACUGGCCAUCGACCUCCAGCUCUCGCUCACACACGACAAGCUGUCGUUGGACAAGAUUGUCGAAUCCUUAUAUCCCUGUCUCACAGCGGAGGCAGGGCAGACCGUCAGCGAGAAGCCCGGCGGGCUGCUCACACUCAUGACUCCGCCCGUUCAAGGCCCGACUUCCGCUCCGCAGGCCCGACCACGAUUCGUUGCACGGCAGGGUAACUCCUGGCGACUGUUCUCGACGCUCGACAAGCGGCUUCACAACCUGCGAUCUUCGGCCAAGGGGCUUGGGCUCACGCUGGGCGUCCUCUUCAUCUGCUCCGAUUUUUUCUUCUUGCGGGACCACUCUCGCACCUGCGGCAGAGAAGAAGCAGAUCUCCGCACCUUCGCUCGCUCCAUCACCACCACCACGGCCGCCGCCGCCGCGGGCCAAAGGCGGGUGGUGCACGCCUCGGCCGCCUAUCCGCUCGACCAGGCCCGCACCUCUUCGUGCCGGUUGGACCCGGCCCUUCGCCAGGUGCUCGUCAUCCGCACCUGCGGCCCCCUCACCCCCUACGCGAGGGAGCUGAGGGCCUCGCCCCACUACGACCUGUGGCUCCUCUAUGACAUCGGCACCGAGGUACCACCAAACCUAACGGCCGACAAUGAGGUGCUGGCCGAGUACUACGAGCUGCAGCGGGAGUACCCCGGGCUGGGCCUGUUCCUCUACAACGCCAGCGACGUCAAGGCGCUCCUCCCGACUGCGGCCUACAUCCAGAAGGACGCGACGCCCAACUUUUGGUUCCACGACGCGUCGCUCUUCCUCUGGUCCAUCACCUGCCGCCCUGACCUCUGGCGCACCCCACCACUUCCGCCAAGCAGGGAGAGCGAGCUGUAUAUUUGGACAGUCGAGCACGAUGCCAUCUACUUUGGUGACGUGUCUAUGUUCCUCGACGAGCACAACACCAACACUGCAGACUACAUUGCCGACUAUUCUCCGCUGAGGCCAGAUUGGUAUCACUGGAAGCAAAGCACGUGGCGGCCGCCCUACGACAAGGCCGUCUUCAAGAAGCAGCACGUCGAGCGCCACUCGACCGCGCUGCUGCGCUACCUGUACAGCAUCACGCUGCUCGACGUGGUGGCCUACGGCGAGAUCUUCGCGUCGACCGUGUGCGCCCUGCAGCCGCACUGGUGCGUGAUGGCGCCGCUCGAGCGGCGGUUCAUCGGGCCGGCCUAUGAUUGGAACGCCUUCCUCACCGACGACCAGGUGGCCGCCAUGUGGGCCGACCCGGCCCAGCAGGGCAAAUGGAACCACGCCGUGCUGUCGCGCAAGAGCCGCAAGUGCAGGUCCUCUCUCAAAGAGCUCAAAAACGCACCCUCCCCCUCACCACAACCAAAAUGA